CUUCAGUGAAAAAUAAUUUAUUUCAAAAUGCGUUUCAUUCUUACAAUUUGCGCAUUUAUUGUAUCAGCCAAUUCGGCCACCUAUAACCUGCAACCACCGUCUACGUUGCCGCGUUAUCUGAGUCCUGUACCAUCUUCAGAUCCGCAAGCACUCGUACCUUCCUAUCAAUAUUCGGCACCAGCUCCUGCAUCCGCACCUGCGACUUAUGCAGCGCCAGCACCAGCACCCGCCUACGGAGCUUCGGCAAUAGUACAACCACCUUGUGCGGUGGCGCCUGCCCCACUUCCUGAGCCAUUACCGUAUGCACCAACUUUGCUUGCAUCGGACUCAACGCCUUACAUAGCACCAGCACCGGUUCCAGCUCCUUACUCAGCACCAGAGCCAGUUCCAGUACCAACUCCUUGUUCAUAUGCAGCGGAACCAGUGCCAGCUCCAGAUACUUAUGUAGCGCCACCCCCAGCUCCUGUUGGUUAUGCAACGCCAGAAGCCGUGCCUGCUCCUUCACCGUGUUCUAAUGCGAUAGCCCUGGCACCAGCUGUAAAUGCUUAUGCACCUGCGCCUGCUCCAGCUCCUGUUGCUUACGCAGCACCUGCUCCUGCUCCAGCUCCUGUUACUUACGCAGCACCUGCUCCUGCCCCAGCUCCUAUUGCUUACGCAGCACCUGCUCCUGCUCCCGGUCCAGUCGCUUAUGCUGCAGCUGAUCCCAUACCAACAGCACCAUGUCCUUACACAACUGCUCCAGCGUCGAUUCCUGAUGCAUAUGCUCCGGUAGCACCUAUUCAAGAUGCCUAUUUACCAACAGCGCCGUCCACAGCUGCUUACGUAGCUCCAGGAUUAAAUCCCGUCCCAUCACCAUGUUCAAAUGCAGUCGCACCUGAGGCUUAUGCAGCUCAGUCAUCCGCUCCAGUUGCUUAUGCGCCACCAGUAGACCCUGCACCAGCAUCUUAUGCAGCUCCUGACUCAGUUUCAAUACUCUCACCCUGCCCUUAUGCUACUGCACCACCUUCAGCUCAGGAUGUUUAUCCAGCCCCUGCUCCAGCCCCUGCUAGUUACGCGGCACCAGUACUCCCACCAGCAACUUACGCAGAACCAGAUUCAGUGCCAGUACUCCUACUGUCGCCUUUUUCAUCUCCAGCAGCUGCUCCAGCCGCUUACUCAGUACCAGCACCAGGUCCACAAGCUUAUAAUGCUCCCGUACCAGUUCCAGCACCUGCACCAGUCUCCUUUUAUGCUCCUCCAAGCCAAAGUGUCUCACCAGCCCUACCCUCUUAUCCAGCACCAACACAAUCUGUCGCAUCUUAUGCUGCUCCGGCGCCUGCUCCUGCCCCUUGUGCAGCUCCAAUUCCAGCUCCAGCUCCAGCUCCUGUGGCAUAUGCUGCUCCUUCACCGGUUGGUUAUGCUGCUCCUGAGCCAGCUCAGCCAUCUUACGCUGCACCAGCACAGGUUCCCGCUCUUUCUGCAUUAUCAUCCUAUACAGCGCCAGCCCCAGCAUCCCCUCUCGCACCAUAUGCAGCCCCGGCACCUGCUCCAGCCCCUUGUGCCGCUCCAGUUCCGGCUCCAGGUCUGGUAUCCUACGCUGCUCCUGAACCUGCUCAACCAACUUAUGCUGCACCAGCCCCAACACCGCUUCCUGCCGCUUAUGCGGCUUCAGCUCCAUCUCCUUUGUCCUAUGCUGCUCCUUCACCGGCUGCUUAUGUUGCUCCUGAACCAGCUCAGCCAUCUUAUGCUGCUCCAGCACCAGCACCGCCAUCGCCUUCUGCCUCUUAUAUAGCUUCAGCUCCAGCUUCACUGACCUAUGCUGCUCCUGAGCCAGUUCAGCCAUCUUAUGCUGCACCACCACCGGCUGCCUCUGCUUAUGCACCGCCAUCUUACGUAGCACCAGCCCCAGCAUCCCCUCCUGCCCCAUAUCAAGCCACAGCUCCAGCUCCGGUGUCCUAUGCUCCAUCUUCACCAGCUGCACCUGAGCCAGUUCAACCAUCUUAUGCUGUACCAGCACCAGCUCCCGCACCUAUUCUUCCCCCAUAUUCCAGUGCUGUUAAAUACUAUCAAUGAACACAAUAUGUUUAAAAUAGUUUCCGAAGACAUCAAUAAAUAAAUCAUAUUACAGCCCA